ACUGCAUUGAAAUCAUUAAUUGUUGAUCCUCAUCAUCAUUAUUAUCAAGUGGAAAUAGAAGAAGAAGAAGAAGAAGAAACCAAUUCAAAUGGUCAUGAUAAUCUAAUAAUGAAUAAUAAUAAUUUCGAUAAUAAUAAUCAUCAAAAUAGUAGUAAUAAUAAUUGUAGUAAUAAUGUUGAUACAUUAUUAAAUUAUUCAUCACCAACACAAUCACAAUCAUCAUCAUCAACGCCAUCGAUAAAUAUUCAGAAUGAUUCUUUGAUAAAUAAUGAUAAUGACAAUGACCAUGAUCAUCAUCAUUAUCAUAUUCACAAUGAUCAAUCAUAUAAUUGUCGAUCUGAACCACCAAUGCCAUGGUUCGGUAUGGAUAUUGGUGGAACAUUAGUAAAAUUAGUCUAUUUUGAACCAACCGAUCUGUCACCAGAUAUGCAAACAUGUGAAACAGAAAUUCUUGGACAAAUACGACGAUAUUUACGUAGUAGUUCAUCAUAUGGUAAAACUGGUAUUCGUGAUAUUCAUCUGCAAAUGGAUAAUUGUUGUAUUAAUAAUCGUAUUGGUACAUUGCAUUUUAUACGAUUUCCAACAAGUGAAAUGCCUGUAUUUUUAAAUAUGGCCGCAUCAAAAGGUCUGGCAUCAACAUCAAGUACAAUUUGUGCAACUGGUGGUGGUGCAUUUAAAUUUGAAAAAGAUUUUCAACAUGAAUGUCGACUGCAAUUACAUAAAUUUGAUGAAUUAGAUUCAUUAAUACAUGGUCUACAUUAUAUUGAAGCAUCAAAUCCACAUGAAUGUUAUUAUUUUGAAAUGGCUCGAUCACCAUCGAUGGCAACCAAACGACCAUAUGAUUUUUCCCGACCAUAUCCAUUUCUUGUUGUUAAUAUUGGUUCUGGUGUUAGUAUAUUGGCUGUUUAUUCACCUGAUUCAUAUCGUCGUGUUAGUGGAUCAAGUUUAGGUGGUGGAACAUUUCUUGGUUUAUGUUCAUUAUUAACUGGUUGUGAUACAUUUGAAGAUGCUAUAAAAUUGGCUGCAAAAGGUGAUUCAACAAAAGUUGAUAAAUCUGUUCGAGAUAUUUAUGGUGGUGAUUAUUCAAAAUUUCGUUUAAGUGGUGAUACUGUUGCAUCAAGUUUUGGUCAAAUGUGUUCGAAAACGAAACGUGAACAAGUAACAAAAGCUGAUCUGGCACGUGCAACACUAGUUACGAUAACAAAUAAUAUUGGUUCAAUUGCAAAAAUGUGUGCAAUUAGUGAACAUAUUGAUCGUGUAUUAUUUGUUGGAAAUUUUUUAAGAGUUAAUGAAAUAUCAUUAAAAUUAUUAGCAUAUGCAAUGGAUUAUUGGUCUGAAGGACAAAUGAAAGCAUUAUUUUUGGAACAUGAAGGUUAUUUUGGUGCUGUUGGUUGUUUGCUGGAAUUAAUGAAAACUGGUCAACAUAAUCAACAUAAUAAUAAUCAUCAUUAGAAAGAAAAUUCAAAUUCAAAAUUUACCUGUGUUGUGCUGAUCAUUCGCCUAAUUAUAAUUCCUGAUAAAUUCAACAAAAAAAAAAACAAAUUCAAUUUGAACUUAUCUCGUGUGUUGUGAAUCUUCUUUCUUCGUCGUUUUUAUAUUCAGGAUUUUAUUUUUAUUUAAAAAAAAACAAAAAUUUAGUUCGUUUUUGUUUUCAAAUUUUAAAAAAACAAAACUUAAAAAACUUAUCUUUAUUU